AUGAUUCCCAAACCGAAUUUCCUUUUGCUCCUCGUACUGCUGAGCUCCGUCUUCACCGCUCGCGUCAUUGUCUCCAGAAAGCAGGCUAUCGAUUGGGCAGCGUUUGGCGAUUCAACUACGGCUACAUCUCCUACGGACCGCACUGUCGACUGGAAGUCGGAGAGUCUUCUGGAUGACCUGGAAGAAUCGAGGAUGAAGAACGAGAUUGGUGAGCAACUUCCGAAAACUAAGAAUGAAUUGGAGGUUGUUCUGAAUGCACUUGACAUGGAGCAGCUUAAGGGCUCCAAGACCAAACUCAACGAUGACAAUGUUGCGAAGCAGAAACAUAUGAUUUUCAAGUGCAAGAGUGGUAGCAUCUGCCGAAUGGAUGUCUCCGAUCAACUGCAAAUCUCAAAGAACGCCACUGUCUUCAUUCACUCUCUUGAUGACGCCGAAGUUUGGAUGGAUUCGCAACAUGGUCGAGAUUUCAUUGGUGUACCCAUAUCCGAGGGAAAAUUCCAUUACCUGAUCGCUUUCCACGAGCCGAACGGAAGAAUUCACGAGGUUCCGAUAGAAAUCGAUGUCGAAGACUAUCCAUCUCCGAACCACUUGUUCAAGUUGGUAAUAUCCGAUCCUGCCGUGGAGAUUUUCGACAAUUUCCCACACUACCGCACGAUUUUUAUUGAAACACUCGCGGAGGCUCUCAACAGUGAUAUGGAUUUGAUUGCUCUUGAUGAGAUCUACGAAGUUCGGGACUACACCAUUAUCUCGUUUUUCAACAACUCAUUGUCGACGUCAACUUGCGAUUCCAAGGCUAUCAUCAAGGUUGCUGAGAAGAUGUACUACACCAACGGUCGGAAACCUUCAGCUCGCUUCCUCACCAAGAUGGGAGAAGAUUUCGUGGUAAAAAACGCAAUGUUCAGCGCAAUUGGUCAGUGCAAAGGAGUUUUCUCUUCGCCAAGGCCUACUACAAGAACUUCUAACACUACUACAGCCGCUAUGACAACUCUCAAGCCGAGUCUCAAAAAAGGAAGCAGCACUACUGGCACCAUUUUGUCCCUGGGUACCAUUUGUGCUAUCGUUGUUAUUUUGCACUACGGAUGCAAGAAGGAGGUGAAAGAGGAGAAAACCCCGGACAACGAGCCGCUGAUCCCGUCUGAGCAAACCUUGGGUCACAUGCAAGAGAUCAAUCUCAACGAUGAAGAGGAGAAUAGCGUUUAG